AUGCCUACCCCUCCACAGCCAAUUCUCGGCCUGGAGCGUGUCUCCAGUCUCUCUCGAUCGUUAGGACAGUCGGCGCCCAUUGCCCAAGCUUCUCUGGCGCGUGAUAUCGAAGAAGACACAGAUGAGGAGGCGGCCGUGUCCGAGUCUGACUCCGACUAUGAGGAUGACAACUUACAACCCUCGACCUCUGCCCCAACCGCUACCCACUCUUUCGUCGGCUCUUAUCGUCGUCCAAGCUUUUCGGGAGCUGGUAAUAGAGCAUCCCUCCUUCCACGCCCAUCAUGGAGAGAUUCAGACAGACUUUCGAGGGCAGAGUGGCAACGAGCCAUGGAGGAAGAGCGCAGUCUGCUUCGCGACAACGAUAUAAUACCUCCAAAGCAUCCGUGGACGGGUGAGGAAAGGAGAAAGAGCAUUCUUGGGAUCCCUGGAGGCAAUUUGAAAGUCCCACCGGACGAAGAAGCAGGCCGGUUGAACGGCGCCGGUGCAGUCACAGAGACUAGUGCACUACUCCCUGACCCUACGAAACCGUAUGGUGGUCUCGACGAUCCAGAGAAUAUCAGCAAGCAGUGGGAGGAGGCCGUUAGCGCCGGCAAGAUCCAAACGACGUGGCAACGCGAGUCCAAGGUCAUCGGCCGUUACGCGGCACCACUCAUGAUCACCUUUGUUCUCCAGUAUUCACUGACUGUCGCUUCUGUCUUCACUGUCGGUCACAUUGGCGUGGCUGAGCUCGGAGCAGUGUCCCUCGCCUCAAUGUCUGCAAAUAUCACCGGCUACGCGAUAUACCAGGGAUUGGCCACUUCGCUCGAUACCCUCUGUGCCCAAGCCUAUGGAUCUGGGCGAAAGAAGCUGGUGGGCUUGCAAAUGCAACGCAUGAUCUAUUUUCUUUGGGCUAUAACCAUUCCGAUCGCGAUAGUUUGGCUAUUGGCCGACAAGAUUCUGGAGGCCCUGGUCCCGGAAACAAGAGUAGCACAUCUGGCUGGUCUGUAUCUAAAGGUUGUCCUGCUGGGGGCACCGGGAUAUGCAGCCUUCGAGGCUGGGAAGCGCUUCUGCCAAGCACAGGGCCUAUUUUCUGCUUCCCUUUGGGUACUGCUUAUUUGUGCACCGCUCAACGCUUUCAUGAACUGGCUUUUUGUGUGGCAUUUCCAGUGGGGCUUCGUUGGGGCGCCAAUCGCGGUCGCCAUUACCGACAAUCUGCUGCCAAUAGGCCUCUUCCUUUACGUUCGCUUUGGAAGCAAACACGGCAUGUCAUGUUGGAAUGGAUUCACAAGAAAAGCGCUGCACAACUGGGGUCCGAUGAUCAAGCUGGCUAUCCCCGGCUUAAUAAUGAUCGAGGCCGAGUGUCUAGCAUUCGAGAUCCUGACAUUUGCUUCCAGCUACUUUGGAGAGGAGAUUCUCGCUGCGCAGUCGGUUCUGGCUACCCUGACUUCGCUGACGUUUCAGAUUCCGUUCCCGCUGUCGAUCGCGGGCUCGACACGAGUGGCGAAUCUCAUUGGCGCCACGCUUGCUGACGCGGCCAAGGUGAGUAUGAGAGUGACAGUGGUUGCAGCCACCUUGGUUGGCAUUAUGAAUGUUACGCUUUUGUCGGCCUUGAAGGAUUACAUUCCGCGUUUGUUUACCAGCGAUCCCGAAGUCAUCAGGGUCGUAUCAGAGAUCCUACCGCUUUGCGCAGCUUUCCAGUUGUUCGACGCCUUGGCAGCCUGCUGUAACGGCAUGCUACGUGGACUCGGUCGACAAGAAUUCGGAGGCUACGUGCAGUUGUUUUGCUACUAUGUGUUUGCCCUGCCAAUCUCUUUCGGCACAGCGUUCGGCGCAGGAUGGGGCCUCUGGGGCCUGUGGACGGGCGUCGCCAUGGCGCUCGGACUUGUUGCUCUCAUUGAAUUCAUCUAUCUAGGUCGGACGGACUGGGAGCGGAGCGUCGAGGAAGCGAGGGCCAGAAAUAUGGCUGACUGA